AUGCAGCACGCUAUAGCGCAGCCUGGAAGCAUCAAGAUCAACGUCACUGGCGCUUCGAUUAUCGAUCACGAGGAUGAAGACUCUUCGCCCGACAGGUCGCCCACUUCAAGUCACGCAGACCACUCUGAAUCGGAUGGAGAGCUCUCUUAUCAGCACCACAAGCGUGACAUACGAUUACCAAACCAUACAGCAGUCGUCUCACAUGUUGCAGCAGAUAUUGGCGGUAGUUUAGCCAAAGUGGUCUACUUCACACGCGAGAAUGAACAUGAAUCCACUUCUGGUGGCCGAUUGUCCUUUCUCUCAUUCGAGACGGAGAAGAUAGAUGACUGCAUCGACUAUCUCCGAACUCUACAGACGAAGCAUCAACGAGCCAAUGGAAUGGACAACUCAACAAAGCUCAGUAUCAUGGCAACCGGUGGCGGCGCGUACAAGUUCUAUGACAAGAUUCGAUCGACUCUGGGCGUUGAAGUGGAGCGUGAAGAUGAAAUGGAAUGUCUGAUCAAAGGAUUAGACUUUUUCAUCACGCAAAUCCCGAACGAGGUGUUUACUUAUGACGAUACGAGCGAAGGAGGACCCAUGCACUUCCAGGAACCCAAAAGCGAUGUCUACCCAUAUCUGCUUGUCAACAUUGGAAGUGGGGUGAGCAUGAUCAAAGUCUCUGGUCCUUCCGAGUACCAACGUAUUGGUGGUACGUCACUGGGUGGUGGAACGCUUUGGGGUCUUCUGUCUCUUCUCACUGGCGCAAGAAACUUUGACGACAUGCUUGACAUGGCCGAUAAGGGUGACAACGGAGCUGUUGACCUGCUCGUCGGUGACAUAUACGGCGAGGGCAUGGGUUACGAGAAGAUUGGUUUAUCUGAAAAGACAAUUGCAUCGUCUUUCGGCAAGGUCUUGAAGCGGAAAAGAGAAGCGGAAAGGCUAGCAGAGGAUGGCAAUGGUUGCAGUAACGAGAAGCUGACGAGACCGAAGCUGAAAACGGAGAAUGGCGUCCGUGAUGACAGUGUAGGGAGCGGUCUCAUAGGUGAUGGAAGGAUGUUCAAGCCUGAAGACAUCAGUAGAAGUCUGCUGUAUGCGAUCAGUAACAACAUCGGACAAAUUGCCUUCCUCCAAUCAGAGCGACACGACCUGAAGCGCAUAUACUUUGGAGGAUCUUUCAUCAGAGGCCAUCAACAGACAAUACACACUCUAUCAUUCGCGAUCAAUUUCUGGAGCAAAGGGAGCAAGCAAGCGUUCUUUUUGCGGCAUGAAGGUUACCUUGGAGCUGUUGGCGCCUUUGUAAAGAGAAGACCUGCGAAUUGGGGUCGAAGUAGAAGUGUCGAACCAAAUGGCGAAUGA